AUGUCAGAAAAUGCCCUUCAAACUCCCUACAAGAUCUAUCACCGCAAGUCAUACGCGGCCAUUAAUCCGACCCAACCAGCGCUGUCAACCAAGUCGAAAUCUGCAAUUGUGACUGGCGCUGGAUCAGGGAUUGGAGCAAGCAUCGCCAUUUCACUGGCCAAGUCAGACAUUUCAUACCUAGCUCUUACCGGGCACCGUGAGAAUGCUCUUCUGGAAACCAAGCUGGCUGUCGAGGCCGUCUCCAACAGCACCAAGGUCUUUACCUAUCCUUUGGACAUUACCGACUUGGCUGUUGUAGAUCGUGCGCUCGGCUCAUUUGCCCGUGAGUGUCACAGUGGCGUUAUUGAUAUACUCGUCGCAAACGCAGGGGUACUGGGACCCUUGACCUCAAUCAGGGGCGCAGAUCCGGUUGAGUGGUGGAACACAUUCGAGACGAACAUAAAGAACACAUUCGAGACGAACAUAAAGGGAAAUUUCAAUCUCGUUCACGCAUUCCUCCCGCAUGCCAGUGCCACCCCCGCGAUAAUCCAUCUGUCAUCGGCUGUCGCCCACGGCCCAUACUUCCCAAACGAAUCCAGCUACUGCUCCUCGAAGGCCGGUGCAGUAAAACUCUUCGAAUACGUGCAUCACGAGAACCCGGACACGUUCGUGCUCUGCUUACAACCUGGUCUCGUGCCAGAGACGGGAAUGUCAACUGGUUUCGAGAAUAUCGCGAAAGGCAUACAAAUGGACAUGGCCAAUAUGCCAUGGGACGAUGUCGAACUACCCGCGGACUUCGUGGUGUGGGCUGUCAGCCCGCAGGCUCGGUUUCUCAACGGCCGUUUUGUAUGGGCAAAUUGGGAUGUGGAUGAGCUGAAAGAUGACCGAGACGUGAUCUUGGCCAAGCCGAACAAAUUCACAUUGGGAUUGACUGGAAUCGAUGGGUAG